UCAUAAAAAAAAGAGAGCUGUAGGAGAAAAGGUUGAAUUCGGAUUUGCAGAAUACCUGGAGUGUUUAUUUUGGUGGCUAAGGUGAACAUUAUCUAGUUUUUGUAUGGAUAUUAAUGGGCUUAGGGUUCUGUAAGGAUGUUUCACCAUGUCUGAAGCAAAUAUGCAAGUUGAUAAGAUGUGUUGGCGGAAGAGAAUCACUAGCAUCAAGUUGUUUUGGGAACACAGAAAUGAGAAAAAUCUGUGCUUACAUUUUAUUCAACUGUUAUAUGAUUUCUAGUUUUAUUAUUACAUCUUUUUCAUGAAGUCAUGUCUUGAUACUUCGAUCUUUCUGAUUGUUUUUUUCUUCUUUCUUUGCACUAGUAACUGUACACGGUCAAGUGGAGGCUCUCUUUAAGAUACAACAUGCGGAUAAUGUUAUUAUAAAAAGUCUGAGAGCAAGUGAAAGUGACACGGUAGAAAGCAUCCGAAGCCUGUUCACAGAACGAAAAGAUAUCGAAGAUUAUAAACUAUCAGUGGCGUACGCGAUGGAUCAGAAACCAUCGAACUUUGAGUUCACAGAACGAGAAGAUAUGGUCGAAGAUGAGAAAUUAUCAGUGGCGUACGCAAUGCAUCAGAAACCAUCAAAUUUUGAGAUUGGCAUCGUCGUUCUACUCACAUGCUUCGCCUUCUUGUACUUUGCGACGUUGAUUCUAUCACACAUAAGGGCUUUGAUAUCUUUGAUCACAAUAUUGGUGGUAAGGGUGGGUCUGUGGAUGAUGAAGAGUAAGGCAUUAGAUGCUGCAGAAGAGUGGAUUAAGAGUACUCUUCUUUACUUAAGCUUCUGUUUUCUUGCCGCUAUCAAGGAGUAUGUUCUUGAUCGGUGUUGGAGGUGGCUUAAAGUCAUCUAUAAGGCUUUCCCUGGCCUAUGUGAUUCUCUUUUUUUUUUUUUUGAUGGUUCAAUCAAUAAAAUUUAAAAGAAAGUGGUACAAGCAGACACGGGUAUACCCGAGGGAUACAUGCCAAAGAGCCGAAGCUAUAAGGCCGAUGGGGGGGGGAAGUAGGCUCUUGGGCGAUGGAGCCCUAAGAGUUGGAUACAUGAGGCCGAGCCCCUUACGAAAUAAAACACUCACACCAAGUGAGAGGACAGCGUCCGCGUCGCAGAUAUUAGUUUCAACUGUGAAAUUACAUGUUGAGUUGACAUGGAACUCUAAGAGGCUUCUUGGUAUGAUGUAAUGGAAUAAGGAGGGAAUGGAAUGGAGAUGAGAAUGAAAUGAGAAUGUGCUUGGUGAAUAUAAGGAAUACAAAUGGAAUGGAAUUGUGUAGUA